AGUAAAUACCCGUCCGUUUUGAACAUCGGUAAACUACUGUCGCCUUCAUUUCUGCAAGAGAGUUAGAACUACUAUCCAUGGCAUUACAAAUGUUGAUGUUUAUACUGAUUAUCUGUUUGAAGAAAACAAAUAGUUUGAGCGAGUUUCCUAAACUGACGUAUGAUCAUUUAUACACAGAGGGAUUAAAAGCUUUAGAAUCAGGAAAUUGGAUUCAGUGUGUUGGAUUUCUCAAAAAAGCUAUCGAGAGCAGGAAGUUAUAUAAGAAAACAGUUUUCAACUGUAGAUUAAAGUGCCGUGAAGGAUCGGAGAUUGUUAAUAAUCCAAACUUGAAUACCACAAAUGACAUUUAUGAUUUGUUAAAAUGGAAGUCAUUUUCAAAAUUAGUUAAAGAAUCCCAGUGUACGAAAAAGUGCCAAGAAAAUAAAUUAGGGUAUGACCAGAUUGAAAAUUCUGAAGAGAUCGACACAGAUUUUGAAAGCUAUAUACCAUAUAGACAUCUUCGGAUUUGUUAUGAAGAGUUAAAGAGGUAUACGGAUGCAUCAUGUGCAGCUUAUACGUAUUACAUUAAGAAUCCUACAGAUCAGGAAACCAUUGCUAGUAUUUAUACUUACAGAGACGAAUUUUAUGUUAACGAGGAAGACGUCAAGAAUAUUGAGACCAAAAAGUAUCAGGAAUAUAGAAUCAAAGGUGAAGAGGCUUUUGAUCAGGGUGACUGGACUAAAGUAAUAGAAUGGAUUGAAAUUGCUACUGAAGAAUACUAUAAGGAGGAAGAAAGGUGCCGAGUAGAAUGUGAAGAUCAUUUUAACCACCAAUCUGCUCAAAACUUAUAUCAGGCUAUAGCUGGUCACUAUAUUUCUGUGUUAGAAUGUCAACUGAAAUGUCAAAGGAAGCUGAGCAUAAUACAUACAGAUUACUUACCAGAUUUUGUCGGACAGCAUUAUCAUCUUCUACAAACUGCAUAUCAUAAAAGUGGAAACGAUGAACAGGCCGUGGAAUGCGCAGCUACAUAUCUUGUCUUCAAUCCAAACGACGAGGCCACUUUAAACAAGAAAACAUACUUCAUGAAAAAACUGGGAUAUAAUCAAGAACAAUUUAAAGCUCGUCAGGAAGCUGUAGAAUAUGAGAAGCGCAGAACUGAAAUGUUAAAGUUGUUGUACUUUUUACGAGACGAACUCAAUAAGAUGAAAGAACAGGGAGAGGAUGAAGAUACUUUUGAUGGAUCCGACAAGAAACAUAAGACCAAAAUUCAAAUUAGAUUAAAGACACAUGAGAAAUAUCAUAUGGAAGUUCAUGAAAAGAUCGGUUUCAGCGAAACAGUGAUUGAAAAUGGUAGAAUUAUAGCUGAUGGGUUCCUCAAUAAAGACCAGUGUCAACAACUGACAAACUUUACAAAUAUGGCGGGACCGAAUUCUGAUGGCAUAAGUAUUAUCAAAAUAGCAGAUAGCUUAGAGCAUGUAAAGAAAAACACAAAGUUAGAAAAUUCUUUGAGAUUGAUUUCAUGGUCUAGUGAUCAGGGUCGGAAUGUUAUUGCCAAUUUGUAUAAUAAGACGAACUUAUUUGUUGAAAACUCUUUCAUUGUUUGUGUUGAUCCUGAGACAGAAGAUCAAUAUUCAGAAGAUUGCAUACCACAAGAGUAUGGCAGUUGUUUAACUGCGGAAGAGAUCGACAAUUAUGAACUCAUAAAUGAUAAAUUUGUUGUAGCAAUCUUCUUAACUGACGGCACGGAACCAGGGCAUUUUAAUUUUCUUGACAGAAGACAUGAAAAAGAGAUUCCUGUAGUGUCAAAAUGUGGAAGAGUUGUUGGCUUUAGAUUAUCUGACAGGCACAGAUCAGAGAGAUCAGUAUCACAGAGAUGUUCCAUGGUUUUCAUUUAUUCAUCUAACAGACAAGAGGACAGUGCAGUAAAAACCUAUCUUAUGGACUUAGAUAAAAGACGUAAUGAAGUUAAAAAAGCGAACACAGAAGACAUGAAGGAAUUUUAUGAGAACGGAGUUAGAAUUGUCAUGGGUGAAAAAGAAUUACGAAGUAAACUAAGAUUUGCAGCCGACGGACUUCUAACUGAAGAGCAGUGUCAAACCCUGAUAGAGAUCAACCAGGAAGGUGCUAUUGGUGGAGACGGGUUUGAUUAUAAAAAGUCUCCAAUGACUAAAAGUGAAGUUUUCGCUGGACUAACUCUUAGUAGAGCUGCAGAGUUGACAUAUGCUGGUAUACUCAGUAAACAGGGACUUCGGCUCUUUCUAGAUGCAAGUGAUUAUGGAAAGGUUUUGGUAGAAAAGUACUUCAACUUAACGCAGCCAUUAUACUUUGAUUAUACUCAGUUGAAUUGCAGGACUGCAAUAGAAGGUGCACAAGCGGGUAGAGAGGAUUUAAGUCACCCAGUACAUGGAGAUAACUGUGACAUUCAAAAAGAUGGUUCAUGUAUACGAAACCCCUCUGGAUAUGUACAUAGAGACUUUAGCUCGCUUUUAUAUCUGAAUGGUGACUUCGAAGGUGGUGAAUUUUUCUUUGCUCAUAAAAAUUGGUCAGCUCAGAUUUCAAUCAAACCCAAAUGUGGAAUGAUUGUAGGGUUUGAUUCUGCUGAAUUCCAUGGUGUCAAGGCAGUUACAAAGGGUAGACGUUGUACACUAGCUAUGUGGUAUACCUUAGACAAACGAUUUGAUGAACAGACUAGAAUACAAGUCAGACAAAUAUUAGACAAGAUACCGAAUGAAGUGGAUGCACAAGAACACAGUCAAUUUAUGACAAUUGAGAAUAAAAACAAAAAUGAAAAAGAGAAAGAGAAAACACAAGAAAAAAGAAGAAACAACACAAAAGAAAAUAAUAUAAAUGACGAAGAGAAAAAUAAUAUUAAAGAAGCAUCGGUACAAAAGAAACUCAACGAUAAACGUAGUAAAGAAUUUAAACAAAGGGUAAAUAAUAAGAAAGACAAAGAGUUUUCAAAUCAAAAAGAAUUAACUACAACUGAAGACAAUAAACUAAGGAAAGAUGACGAACUUGACAAAAACAACUCAGUGCACGAAACAAAAGAAAACAAGACACCUGAAGAAGAUGAUGGAGUAACUAUUGAAGUUAUUGAAGAUGAUGAUAUUCAUGAACCAGAAACUGCUUAUGAUAAGGAACAAAAUUUGGAUGCAAAACAAAAUUCACAUAAUGAAUUAUAA